GCGUCGCCCACUCGUGAAUCAUCGCCCGUUCGGCGGACUCCAUUUUCAAGUACAACCGAGGUUGCUCUUAUUCGGUCCGCGCUUCUUCGCCCAACUUUGUGCCAGCAAUCGAAGUUUCUCAGCCUUUCGUUGAAAAAUGCCGGUGAGCAGCGUGGGGACUUUCAAGAUAUUCGUGGGCAACUUGGCCGACAAUGCCGGCGCCCCGGACAUCAAGCCGCAUUUCGAAAAGUACGGCAAAGUCGUCGAGUGCGAUGUCGUCAAGAACUAUGGCUUUGUGCAUAUGGAAAGUGAAGAGUCUGGUAGGGAUGCUAUCCAGAACCUCAAUGGCUACAUCAUCCAUGGUCAGCCGAUGAAGGUUGAGGCGGCAACAAGCCGUAAGGGGCCUAACACACCCACCACCAAGAUCUUUGUCGGCAACCUUGCCGACGGCGUAAAGGCCGGCCAAGUUCGAUCUCUUUUUUCCAAAUUCGGCACUGUCGUCGAAUGUGACAUUGUACGUAACUACGGUUUUGUUCAUAUUGACUCAAAUGAAGUGAACAACUGCAUCAAAGAACUGAACGGUUAUGUACUCGAAGGUCAGCCUAUGAAAGUUCAAGUUUCUACGAGUAGAGUAAGGCAGAGGCCUGGAAUGGGAGAUCCUGAGCAGUGUUACAGAUGUGGCAAGGGUGGGCAUUGGUCCAAGGAAUGUCCUAAAGCAGGAGGAAGACCAAUGGGUCCUGACAGAAUGGGAUUCCGGGACCGAAUGAUGGGACCACGUGAUUCUUAUCCUCCACCACCACCACCAUUUAUCAGAGAUAGGCUUCUUGGCGCAGAGCCUUUCGGAGGGAAAAAAGAUUCUUAUUAUGACCGUUAUUAUGAUCGCCCAGUUAGAGGAGGGUUUGACGAUGACAGGAGAUAUCCACCUCCCCCACCACCCAUGGGUCGUGACCCUCUUCCACCACCUGGUCUCAGGCCGCCAAGAGACUUUAUGCCUCCUCUGAGAUCGAGGGAACCCAUGGGCUCACCAAGCAUGCGUUCCAGCUUUGACAGGUCUUCAGAAUUUGGUAUACGCGGCAGCGGUGGAUUUGAGCGUUCCUCAGAAUUUAUGUUCAGCAGGAGAUCCCCUGAGCCAAGCAGAUUCAGAAUGGGACCUCGUGGAGUAUCGCCGCGCCGUUUCGCUCCUUACUGAAGAUCGGCUCGGGACAACAACGUUACGGCAGCCAUGUCACGUGUUUCGGUUUGGUUAUAGACAUUGGAUUAGCAACAUUAAGGAUUUGAAGAUAUAUUUACAUAAUUAUACCUUAGUUAUGAUCGUCUUAUUAAAUGUAAUCAUUGUUUUAACAUUCAGACUAAUAGUUAUAUCAACUAGCGCGUUUUCAAAGAACGUGUACCUAUUAAACAAAAUCCAGAGCUUUUAUUUUAUCAGCCAUUGUGUGUGCCGUAAAAAUAAUUGUGUCUCCAUUCAAGAUUAUUUGAGCAUUAAGAGAGGAAAAAGGAUCAUUUUGCUAUUUUGUACUUUGCCAAACAGAAAAUUUUUUAUAUGAUGAAUCACCACAUGAGACGAUUUUCGGGUCGGUCCGUGUUUACGGGAAUAAUAUCCGGUAAAUACGAAUCCCCUUAAAAAAAUGCUUCGGCUGACUACAACGGCUAAUAUAAUCAACUUAUAUUUUUCACUCAACAUAAUUGCGUUUUGUAUAAACUUACUAUAAUACUCCUGAUUUCUAAGGAAAUAAAUUUGACAUGUUAAGCAGUUU